AUGGUUGCCCCCAUUGAGUUUUUACCUAAUGAGUAUGGCUAUGUUAUACUGUGUGUGUUCUAUGCUAUGUUUGUCACCAUCCACCUUGGUAUAAAUGUUGGUAAAGCAAGGAAGAAGUACAACGUACCCUACCCUAACAUGUACAGUGAAAAGGAGAAUAUCUUUAACUGCAUUCAACGUGCACAUCAGAAUACACUGGAGCAAUUACCCACGUUCCUUGUUUGCUUGCUGAUGGUGGGGGUUGCUUACCCAAAGUACGCAGCUAUUUGCGGCGCGGUGUAUGUUACGUCAAGGUAUAAUUACGCGUGGGGUUACUACACGGGGGAUCCUAAGAAGAGAUUGAACGGCGAAUAUGGGGUUGCUGGCUUCCUUGGUUUAAUGCAACUUAUUCAACUGCAUUCAACGAGCUCACCAGAAUACAUUGGAACAACUUCCUCUCAUCUAUGUAGCUCUCGCAAUAGUGGGUUGGCUUGCCCUAAAUAUGCAGCUAUAUGUGGUGCGAUAUACAUUACAUCGAGGUUCAGUUAUGCUCGGGGUUACUACACUGGUGAUCCUAAGAAGAGAUUGAAUGGUUCAUACGGUUACAUCGGCCAACUUGGUUUAUUCCUUGGUCUGCUCUAUGUUGGUUUCAAACAACUAGGAUGUUGUGAUGCUUACUUAGCAUUCUAA